GUUUAAGUGAUUCAGACCAAACGUUCAGAUGAUUUGGAUUGUUUGAGAGUACCAGGAUGUUAUGGUUCCUUAUGAUUACAUAUUACAUAAUAGAUUUCACUUCCUCUCAAUCAGAUCUUUGUUCCAAAGUGCUAACGAUAGAUUGUGAUGGUCAGUACGUGUCAUCUAAAGAUGAGUCUGUAUGUGCGUCAGACCUUGUCACUUAUAAAACUUGUUGUCAUUUUGCACAAGCCAAAUGUCGAGAUGGACAAAUAGUGAUUAUAUCUGAUAGACCUUGCUCUAAUACAACACAUCUUUUAAAUGCAACAGCUGCUUUUGCUCAAACCUGUGGUACUUUCCAACCACCUGCCGAGAUAACUACAACUAGUACAGCAACGGCCAAUAUUAAAACGACAUCAACAUUAGAUAAUGAUCCUUUUGAUCAUAUAUUCUGUUCUGGUAUAAACAGUGGUGCAAUAACGUGUCCAGACACACUAGAUCCUUACUGUGGGACUGAUGGUAAAUUCUAUCUCAAUAAGUGUGAUUUCCAAACCGCCAGGUGUACCAAUCCGAGUUUAUCGAUACAGCCAAUCAGAUUGUGCAAAGGACCAACGCCUACUCCAAUAGGGUAGCAAAUUAUUGUCGCCGAUUAUACCAAAUACAG